AUGGUCAAGGGAUUGCUGUGGUUUGUGGGCGCUAUCCUCGUCGCGGCCUCGUCGGCCAAGGACGAGCCGUCGCGUAUGCUCCGUGCGGCGACGCACACCAAGGGCCCGACGCACUUGGGCUACCCCAUCAACCUUGACGGGCCAUUGGACACUGAGUCGGCGCCUCUCGUGACAACCGUUCUCGACGAGCCCAGCCACGAUGGCUCGUGGGAUGCACCCGGCGACGACGAUGGCUCAAAGGACGAUGAUGAUGAGCCCACAGACGAUGACGAUGAGCCCACGGACGACGAUGAUGAGCCCACGGACGACGACGAUGAGCCCACGGACGACGACGAUGAGCCCACAGACGACAAUGAUGAGCCCACGGAUGAACCGGUUGAUGAUGAUACUACGGACGAGCCGGCGGACGACGACACCACGGAGGAGCCACGUGACGACGACGAUACCGACGUGCUGCCAGAGAGUGACGACGAUCCGAUGGUGGAAGACUCGGCCAGCACGGACAAGAACGACACGACGCUCGACCCGAGUCUCUUCGAAGACGACGAUAUCCUCACCACGGCGCCACCAUCGAGCAAGCGCCCGGAAGACUCGGCCAGCACGGACAAGAACGACACGACGCUCGACCCGAGUCUCUUCGAGGACGACAAUAUCCUCACUACGGCGCCACCAUCGAGCAAGCGCCCGGAAGACUCGGCCAGUACAAACAAGAACGACACGACGCUCGACCCAAGUCUCUUUGAAGAAGGGACUCUCAACACGACGGCGCCUGUCAAGGCCAUGAACUUGCAAUCGGAGAGUGCCGGUACGACAAGCGACAAGACCGGCGACAACACGACGCCGUUCAUCGUUGCUGGCGGUGUCGUCGGGUGCGUGGCCAUCUUGGCCGUGACGGCGUACGUCCGCCGCCGACCGGCCCAGCCCGAAGACCCGCACAAGUCGCGCAUGCGCUCCGUCUACGUGAUUGACGCGCACACGCUGUAA